UCCCGUCUGUGCCCGGAAGUGCCCGUGGGGACAGAGAUGAACCGGCCGUUAAGUCCCUGACACCGUGUCCCCGGCCUUGAGGGCAGUGGCCUGCUUAGGAACUACCUCAGCCGCCGCGUUCCCGAGCCGCCGUUACCGCCCGGGACGAUGAUGCCCCGCCUGCUGCUGCGCGCCUGGCCCCGCCGCCGGGCGCAUGUUUUGGGAGCCCCAAGUCGGCCCUUGAGUACCAGCUCGGGACCCGACAACGAGUACCUGCAACACAGCAUCGUGCCCACCAUGCACUACCAGGAUAGCCUGCCAAGGCUGCCUAUCCCCAAACUUGAAGACACCAUGAGGAGAUACCUCAGUGCACAGAAGCCUCUCCUGGAUGACAGCCAGUUCAGGAAAACAGAAGAAUUUUGUAAGAGUUUUGAAAAUGGCAUCGGGAAGGAACUGCAUGAGCACCUGCUUGCCCAGGACAAGCAGAAUAAGCAUACCAGCUACAUUUCAGGUCCCUGGUUUGAAAUGUAUUUAGCUGCUCGAGACUCCAUUGUUUUAAACUUUAAUCCAUUUAUGGCAUUCAAUCCAGACCCAAAGUCUGAGUAUAAUGACCAGCUCACCCGGACAACCAACAUGACUGUUUCAGCUGUCCGGUUUCUGAAGACACUUCGAGCUGGCCUUCUAGAGCCAGAAGUGUUCCACUUGAAUCCUGCCAAGAGUGAUACCAAUGCCUUCAAAAGAGUCAUACGCUUUGUUCCUUCCUCUCUGUCCUGGUAUGGAGCCUACCUGGUCAAUGCAUAUCCCCUGGAUAUGUCCCAGUAUUUUCGGCUUUUCAAUUCAACUCGUAUACCCAAACCCAGCCGUGACGAACUCUUUACUGAUGCCAAGGCCAGACACCUCCUGGUCCUAAGAAAAGGAAAUUUCUAUGUCUUUGAUGUCCUCGAUCAAGAUGGGAACAUCGUGAAUCCCUCAGAAAUUCAGGCACAUCUAAAUUACAUUCUCUCCGACAGCAGCCCUGUGCCCGAGUUCCCCCUGGCAUAUCUGACCAGUGAGAACCGAGAUGUCUGGGCAGAGCUCAGGCAGAAGCUGGUGCAUAGUGGCAAUGAGGAAGCCCUGAGGAAAGUGGACUCUGCUGUUUUCUGCCUCUGCCUAGAUGACUUCCCAAUGAAGGACAUUGUCCACUUGUCCCACACCAUGCUGCAUGGUGAUGGCACAAACCGCUGGUUUGAUAAGUCCUUUAACCUCAUUGUAGCCAAGGAUGGCACUGCCGCAGUCCACUUUGAGCAUUCGUGGGGGGAUGGUGUAGCGGUGCUUAGGUUUUUCAACGAGGUGUUCAGAGACAGCACUCAGACUCCUGCCAUCACUCCCCAGAGCCAGCCAGCCACUACCAACUCCUCUGUGUCUGUGCAGAAACUCAGCUUUAAGCUGAGCGAUGCUUUAAAGGCUGGCAUCACCACCGCUAAGGAAAAGUUUGAUGCCACCAUGAAAACCCUCACCAUUGACUCCAUUCAGUUUCAGAGAGGUGGCAAGGAAUUCUUGAAGAAACAGAAGCUGAGCCCUGAUGCGGUGGCCCAGCUGGCCUUCCAGAUGGCUUUUCUGCGACAGUAUGACCAGACAGUGGCUACCUAUGAAUCCUGCAGCACUGCCGCCUUCAAGCACGGCCGCACUGAGACGGUCCGACCCGCCUCCAUCUUCACUAAGAGAUGUUCUGAGGCAUUUGUCAAGGAGCCCUCCAAGCACAGUGUGGACGAGCUUCAGCACAUGAUGGCCGAGUGCUCCAAAUACCAUGGCCAGCUGACCAAAGAAGCAGCGAUGGGCCAGGGCUUUGACCGACACUUGUUUGCUCUACACCAUCUGGCAGUAGCCAGAGGGGUCACCCUGCCGGAGCUUUACCUGGAUCCUGCAUACAGGCAGAUAAACCACAACAUCCUGUCUACGAGCACUCUAAACAGCCCAGCAGUGAGUCUUGGCGGCUUUGCCCCUGUGGUCCCUGACGGCUUUGGCAUUGCAUAUGCUGUUCAUGAUGACUGGAUAGGCUGCAACGUCUCCUCCUACACAGGACGCAAUCCCGGCGAGUUUCUCCAAUGUGUCAACAAGUGCUUAGAGGACAUGUUCGACACCUUAGAAGGCAAAGCCAUCAAAACUUAGCUUCUCAGUGGGUGAAAUUCUUCAUCAUGAACAUGGAUGUUCAUGUAGCCUGUAGUUACUAUUCUGUACCUAACAAAACUAGCCCUGAGGUGCUCGACUAGCCAGUGCUUCAGGCAUGAGCAGGAAGAUUCCAGCUAAAGAUAAUGAGAGGUUGCCACUCAAAGCCCUUCGUUCAAGAACUAGGGUUUGGAAAACUAACUCCUAACUCUUGUGUAUUUAUUGUUUAAACAGAAAUAAAACUGCGUUGUUGCUUGGA